AGGGAGGCAGAGUUAUCCGGUACACAAACCUACACAACGUCAUCCUCCCUCCGCUUUACGCCCAAUUUAUUUUUUAAUUGAAACAUUUUUCUCCCACUCGGUGAGUACCUUCUUCAUGGCAUUUUCCUAAGCAUAUUUUUGUCCUCUUUUCCUCCUUGUCUUGUUGUUCAGACAUGAGAAAUUUUGGUUUUACUGGUGGGUUCUAAUUUUCUGAAUGCAAUGAUUGGAAUGUUGGAUGCACAGAAUUCAGCCUCUGGAAUAUACGUGCUUGCGGAGCUCUUGAUAUUUUUCAUCCCUGAAGCAGUUGUACUCCGACACUCUUAUCCCCGGUUCUUUCUUUCUUUCCUUUUCUCUUGUCUUAUUUUGGUGUGGUUUUAUUUGCUUCUUGUCUUUGAUCUUGCUGUGGUCUUCAGGUCUUUGAGAUGGGAUUUUGCUUUUCAACUAGCACGGUGUGGUAGGAUGACUGGAAAGACUCUCUCUCUCUCUCACACACACACUCCCCCCCUACACAACCACCCACCCUACACACUCUGACGUCUCUUCUCUCCUCCUCGGUCAGUCGGUCAGGGUACAGUAGGAUGACUGGUAAGACUCCCACCAGCAACGUGACCAACAAGAAUGACCCACGCUCCCUCAACUCCAGAGUCUUCAUCGGCAACCUCAACACGGCGGCGGUAACCAAGGCCGACAUCGAGACCCUCUUCGCCAAGUACGGCAGGAUCGUGGGUUGCUCCAUCCACAAGGGCUUUGCCUUCGUCCAGUACGGCAGCGAGAGGAACGCGCGAGUGGCUGUAGCAAGAGAGAACGCCAGGGUCAUCGCUGGACAGCCCCUGGACAUCAACAUGGCAGGAGAACCGAGACCCUACAGGCCAAAGGUGGUGGGCUCCAAGAGGCCCCUCUCCUCUCUCUACAGUGGCUAUGAGUUUGACUACGACUAUUACAGAGAGGAUUUCUACAGCAGGUUAUUUGAGUAUCAUGGACGCGUGGUGGAACCCCCCAUCCGAUCGCCGAUACCUGCCAAACGAUCUCGUGUCGUGGUCCCGUCCCUGCGGCGAAUCAAAUCUUCCUUGCCGGUCAGGACCUGCUCUGACUCCUUUUCUUCUUCCAGACCUCUUCCUCCGUCCUCGCCUCUACCUCUCACUUCUGGGUCUUCAGCUGCAGGACCUAUGUUAAAGACCGACCAGUUGGUAACCAUCAAACAAGAGCUGUCCCAGAUUAAGACCAAGAUCGACUCUCUACUGGGGCGUCUGGAGAGGAUUGAGAGACAGCAUCGCACAGAGGCAGCCCAGAGGAAACAGGGAGGAGUGUAUAAGUGUCUCCGUGCCAAGACCGCGGACCCCCCCGGAGACGUGGAGGCGGGAGAGAUGACAGACGAAGCCAACGAGGAUGUCUUUGACGAUGAAGGCACUAACGAUAUGAUAGAAAACCACUUAUCAGACAUUGACAAUUGAGAGAGGGAGGUAAAAAUAAAGCCUCAUUGGUCGUUUGAAGAACCAAUAGAGAACAUCAGGACCUGAAUGACAAAAUCAAUGGAAAAAAGGAAAAGACUCUGAGAGAAAGACUCGUGGACCAGUGUGCUUGUUUGCCCAUCAAGACACAACACUGUGUGCGUAUUGAUGCGGUACUACAAUGUUGUACUUUAAUUUCAUACAAUACAUUUACCAGACUACUGUAUUUUAUUCUAGUCAUCUAAGAAAUGAGUUAAUGCAGGGUGUGAAAAAGAGUUGCUCUCAUUGAGUGUGGCUUACAUGCACACAAUAAUGCGAUUAUUGUGGAUAGUCAGAUUAAUAUAAUAGUUCAAUUAAAACGUUUACAUGCUUUGCAAGAGGAACGAUUUCCCUAAUAAUCCUGUUUACAUGGACACAU